AUGAAUUCAACUCUGCAGGCACCAAAAUCGGGUCUUUUUGCCUUAGAAGUAGAUAGGCUACUCAGUUCUGAAGCCAUCAGAAGCCUUCAGUCAGGAGGCGAUGAAGUACUGAUCACCGGUUACCAUAUUAUCCGACACUUUGUCACACCGGCAGUUUGCCUGCUUAGCAUGGGGGCACUUAUUUUCACACUUGUAUUCCUACAUCGCAAAAAGUUGGUCCGCAUAACUGCCUUGAUCUACCUAAAGUUGAUGGGCUUCAUCGAUCUGCUAAGCUUGGUGGUGCUAUUCAUCUCAUCCCUGGAUUACUUCAUGCCAUCAAGUCAUGUAAAUGCAUACUACACCUCUGCAUUUGUACGUAGUCUGUAUGGAUGCCUGUUGGGAUUGUUGCUCAUCUCGAACUGGCUAAUGACCGCACAGGCAAUCGAAAGAACCAUUGCCAUCAUUCGACCGUUUAAGGCAAAGCAGAUCCGUGAAAAGCACAGACGCAUUGUCGUUUCAGUUAUUUGUGUAGUGUCAGUGCUGUUGACGAUUCCUACACUCGUUUUGGACAUCAUGGAGCUGACAAGAUAUCGCCAAUGCUGGGGCGAUGAUGAGCCCUGCAUGGAUGAAUAUGGAUACGCUCACGAUUUUAGCAAACGAAAAAACGCACCAAAAGAGGAAUAUUCAAGUUUUUACCAUCGACUUUUGCAAAAGAACCGAAACCAGACGCACUCUUUUAACGGAAAUACGGGUUUAAAAAUCGCUAAUUUCGUGGAAGAUAGAUGGCCGGAAUCGCUGAAGCAGUUUCAGAUUGUACAAGCCUGGUUGGUGCACUUCUUCAUCUUCUUCUUUUUGCCAUUUGUAUUUCUAUGCUUGGCGAGUUUUUGCCUCCUCUCGGCUGUCAAAAUGUCCGGCCGCUUCGUUAGGCAGCACUGUAUUCGUGGUGGAGUUGAAUUCCACAACACUCUACGCGAGGAAGCCCGUAUGACGGCUCUCAUCCUCUGUCUAAUCGGAGCCUUCUUCAUCUGCCAAAGUCCUUUUGUAGCCUACUCUGCUUGCCACAAAGUGGGGAUACUUUCUAAACCAAGCCGUAGUCACAGUCUUCUUCGGGCCCUUCUGGCCACUGUUACGGAAGUAAAUCCUAUUCCCAAUAUGACUCUCAAAAUCGCUACAGCUCUCAUCAAGCUCAAACUCGCUCCCUUAUCAAACACCACGUAA